AUGGGAAGAAAUCAGGGAGAUAGAAUCCAUGCAGGGAAUCUCAUGCCUCUCAUUGACCAGCUACUCUCCUACAAGACAACCGCCUAUAGCACUCGGUUUCAAACGGGAAGGAAGCUUAGUGUUGGAGGAGUCAUCACGCCUAUCCUCUGUGCAGCUGGAGUCCAUUUGGACAAGAGAAGGUCUACUCCAGCAGGAUGGAUGGACAUUAAGUUUUGCAAGACCAACCUCCUCAUUGAACACAAGGAGUUGGAUGGGAGGUUCCAAUUCAAGUUCACUCAUCCAUUGGCUGGCCCUCCAAGCUUCUUCUGCCCAACCCUGAGCUCACCACGGUUCUAG